AUGGCAUCAACACUAGAAAUUCAUCAAUCAUCUCUUUAUAAUUCAAUGAAACAAGAUGAUUCAGAUUUAAAUUUUACAGAAUGGGGAAUGAAAGGAAGAAUCAUAAGUAGAGAAAACACAAAAUCAAGAAGAUAUUCAGCAUCAAUUAUAAGAAGCAUUAGAGAAGACACAGAUUCUUUUAGAUCAAACAUAACCAUUUCUAGCACUGCUUCUUCUCCUGGUUACACAUUAAAAGAUGAAAUAGACCCUUCAACCUAUUCCUUCACUACUGCUCUUAAAGCAUUGCAAGCAAGAUCAGUUUAUAAAAGUUGGGAGUGUUUAUCACCAGAAGGAUUUGCAUUAAAUUCAAAAUGGAAUGAAGCUGAAAAAUAUAUAUGCAACCCUUUAUCAGGACAAGUACCAAUGGAAUGUUUAUCUGCAAAAACACUUAGUGGAAGAUUAUUUCAAAACUCAACUACAAAUAGAAUCACCAUGUCUGCUCCACUAGUUUAUUCAUCAAGACAAAUUCAAACAAGGACAAUGGCUUCAACUUUUAGUUUCACUAAAGAAGAUGUACCUCUUCAAUUUCAUAGUACAAGUCCCGAAUUCGAAUCCAGCCCCGAGAAUAUAAAAGAAAAGAAAAAGGAGGGAAUCACAAGAGAUGCAUACACUCAAAGUAGUACAUUUCCUUGUCUUAGUUCAAGCAAUCUUAGCACUAUUUUAACUCCAUCCAACAUAGAGACUUUCUCAAAGCUAUCUCAAGACUCACUAAAUUCAGAUAACAAUGAAAUUAAAUUAGAGGAAGAGGUGGAAGUGAAGGACAAAGAAAUAUGGGAGACAAGAGAAGAAAAAGAGAGUGGGAUGCAUGAAUGUAAGAAGAAAGAUGAACAAAUUUGUUGGCAAAGUGGUUGCUUUUCAUGGAUAAAGAAGAAUAAGAGAAGAGAGAAAGAAAGACAAAGAAGGAAUAAUGGCAUAUUUUUAAUUAAUUGA